AUGUCAAUCUCUCAACAACCCCCGAUACCAAUCUCGAUCACAAUCUGCGGCGAUGGCGGUUGUGGAAAGUCCUCCAUAACCCUCCGCCUCGUGCGCUCCCAAUGGACCUCCGAAUACGACCCCACGAUCGAGGACUCGUACUCCAUCACCCGCAAGAUCGACGGCCAAAACUACCACCUCUCCCUCACAGAUACCGCCGGCCAAGAGGAGUACCGCGGCAUGUGGGCGUCCUCCAACCUCGGCGCCGACGCCUUCCUGCUCGUCUACGAUAUCACGGCUCGCGACUCUCUCGAUGCUCUGCAGUACUUCAACGACCUCAUCGACAUGGAGGCCGAGACACGCCUCGACAACGCCGACCGCGCCAAGCGCGCGGGCAUCUCCCCCUCGUCGUACCGCGACACCGUCACCGCGGCGCCCGGCGCUAAGACCGUCCCGCCCGUCAAGAUCGUUGCCGGAAACAAGUGCGAUUUGCAAGAAUCCCGCGCGGUGCCCGCCGCCGUCGGACUGGACUGGGCCAGGAGGAGGGGCUGCGGAUUCAUGGAGACGAGCGCGCGGCUCGAGGUCAACAUUGAGGAGACGUUUGCGCUGAUUGUCCGGAGGGUCGUGGAGGCGAGGCGGAUGGCCGAGACGGGCGUCCACGAGAACAUGGAGAUGGACCGCCGGGGCAUGACGAAGCCGCUGAGCCCCCUGCCCGCGGGCAGCGAGAACGAGAAGCGCGGCCCGGGCGUACGGGGCCCGAACUUGGAGGGUGGCAAGAUCAAGGGACCGUCGAUAUGGAGGAAGUUGAGAUGUUGGUGA